AUGCAUCUCUCUAUUCUUGGACCGAUAUUCCUAGCGAGCGCUGUCUCUGCGUGGCUCCCUCAAGACCGUGGCUUGCAAGCCUUCAACCAGACUGCUCGGUUUGAGAAGCUUGGUAAACGCUUCAAGCCCUCGUUACCAAAUGGCGUAACGAAAAUCCGCGGCGUCAACUUUGGUGGCUGGCUCAUCUGCGAACCCUGGAUGAUGCAGAACGAAUGGAGGAACGUCUUGGGCUGCGGAGACUCUGCCUCUGAAUUCGACUGCAUGAAUGAUCACUACAAAGGCGGAAACCGUGGUGCUGGCAACCAGAAAUUCGAAAACCACUGGCGGGAUUGGAUCAACCCCGAUACUGUACAGUCAGUCCACGACGUCGGCUUGAAUACCAUCCGCAUCCCCAUCGGGUACUGGUCGUACACGGAUAUAGUCGACAAGGCCAGCGAGCCCUUUGCAGACGGCAACCGCAUGCUCCCAUACCUCGAUGCCGUGGUUCAGAAGGCCGCCGACCUGGGCAUCUACGUCAUCAUCGAUCUUCAUGGCGCACCGGGCGGCCAGCAAGAAGACGUCUUCACCGGCCAGAACAACAAGCCGGCCGGCUUCUUCAACGACUACAACUUUGGCCGCGCCGAGAAAUGGCUCUCGUGGAUGACGAACCGCAUCCACACCAACCCAGCAUACUCGAGCGUGGGCAUGAUUGAGGUCCUCAACGAGCCCGUGUCACGGCACGACGCAGGCGGCCGGUACCCUGCUCCCGGAGAGGAUCCCGGCCUGGUGCAAAAGUAUUACCCGGCCGCGCUCAAGGCCGUUCGCGAUGCAGAGACGGCCCUCAACAUUGCAGACGGCAAGAAGCUACACGUCCAGUUCAUGUCGAGCAAAUGGGACUCUGGCGACGCGCGCACCGCCGCCGCGGUAGCAAACGAUGCCAUGACGGCGUUUGACGACCACAACUACAUUGGCUUCGCCUUGGGCAACAACAACGGCGAUCAGUACCGGCUCAUGCACAGCGCAUGCACAGACUCGCGCGUCGUGGAUGGGCAGGCGUUUGAGUUCACGGGAGAAUGGAGCAUGACGUCCAACGUCGACUGGAAGAAUGCCGACUUCUUCAAAAAGUUCUUCACUGCCCAGCAGCAGCUCUACGAGAAGCCGGGCAUGGAUGGCUGGAUCUACUGGACCUGGAAGACGGAGCUGAACGACCCCAGAUGGACGUAUUCCUAUGCCACGUACCUCAACUACGUUCCCACCGAUGCUGCCGGGCUAGAGAAGAAUGUAUACCAAGAUGUUUGUUCUGGGUUUACUUGA